GCUGUUUUAGCUCGCUCUAGCGCGCAUGGUCGGAGUUCGGUGUGAUUGAUGUUGGUCUGGCGUGUGUGUGUAUGUAUGUGUGUGUGUGAGUGUGUGUGUACACUCAGGAAUACGAUCAGCUGCACUUCCAGUAGCGUAGUGCAGAAAGUAAAGCGGACAGAAGUUUUGCUGCGUGACUGCGAGGCUUCAGAAAAUUCGGAUUUUUUCAAAAACAUGUCGGCAAAUAAAGUCAAGAAAGUGAAAAUGGCUACCAAGUCUUGUCCUGAAUGCGACCAGCAGAUCCCCGUAGCUUGCAAAUCCUGUCCUUGUGGUUAUGUGUUCAUCAGUCGAAAGCUACUCAAUGCGAAGCUGAAUGAGAGAUCAGCACCAGCCAUAGAAAACAAAAUGGAUGCGAAGAGGAGACGGACAGAACGAAUUCGUCGUGAGAAAAUCAACUUAACCUCCACUAAUGAUAUGGAAAAUAGGAGGAGGUCCCGUUCGAAUAGCCAAUCAGACCCUAUCCGCAGGGGGAGAGGCAGGCCUAAAACUGUUGGACUUAAGAAGCCAGAGGAGGAGAAAGAAAAACAGGAAAAGGAGGUGGACAUCUAUGCCAACCUCUCCGAUGAGAAAGCUUUUGUUUUCUCUGUGGCCUUGGCAGAGAUCAACCGCAAGAUCUUGGGACAGAGAUUGAUUCUGUAAAAGGGCGUGGCUUCAGAUGAUUGACAGUGGAAACUCAGGACUCCUACUGUGCAGCCCUCUGCAAGUGAUGCUCGUGUCUGAUGGAGAUGGGAAAUCUCAAGCCCAACUGACUUUCAAUGUUGGAAAAGACACUGUUUGAUCAUCUAGGUGUUCCUUUGUGUCACCCUGGAAACUUGUGGAUGCAGAGACUUAAUUUGCAUAUUAAAAUGAGAGGGCGAGGAACACAACCCUUUCCUCAAAUGAGACCGAGACGGAAAUGGAAAAAAGAGCAAACCUCUAUAGUCUAUCAAUUUCAGUGGUGUAGGAAUUUAUCUAUUUAUCUUUUUAAUGGAUUUUAUCAAAUAUAUCAAGGGAUUUGUUCCCCUUGCCAUGCCUUGUAGAGAACCACGCUGUUUUCUGAGGAGCUCCUGUUCUACCAAUGGGGCCACUUCUGUGCUAAGUUGAGAUCUGACCAAUCAGACAGCUUCUCUGGUAAUGUAACUGUGGCUUCUAAAUGGUUGUAAGCUAAUCUCUUACACUGUUUAUGUGUUAGAUGCCAGUAAACUAUGCCGCUGAGUAGACGAGCUUGCAUCCUGCUUACAACCUUGGGAGGAAGAAUGCCUGAUUAAACAACUAUUUAUUAUGCCUGUACCACCUUAAUUUAAGUGCAUAUUUU